AGUUCUCGGAUUCCUUUCCUCCUGAAAAGUGCCAGUACCCAUGCAGACAGACGAUCGCUUCUUCUCCGUCUUCCAAACCGGGAUCCCGAAACCAUCUCUUCUGCCUUGGUUUCUGGUUUUCCGGUGGCAUCAUCCCUCUCCGUAUCCUCUGCUGUUCUUGAGUAGGGCUUCGUGUUUUGCAACGGAGGAAUUAUUUCUUCUUGGCAGAUCUACAGGAAAAGUUCCUGGAUUUACAUUAGAGCCGUAGAAUCCGCUGACUGUUACUGCACUUUUUUCAUUCGCUGGAGAUGGAAUCGAUACUGGCUCGUGCUUUGGAGUAUACGCUCAAGUACUGGUUGAAAUCCUUCUCCAGAGAUCAGUUCAAGUUGCAGGGUCGAACCGUUCAGCUAUCCAAUUUAGAUAUAAAUGGUGAUGCUUUACAUGCUAGUCUUGGAUUACCCCCAGCAUUAAAUGUUAUGACUGCAAAAGUCGGAAAACUAGAGAUAAAGCUUCCGUCGGUUAGUAAUGUGCAAACGGAACCGAUUGCUGUUCAAAUUGAUAGACUCGAUGUAGUUCUGGAGGAGAAGUCGGAUUCCAAUAAUGCGAAGAGCUCAAACAGCACCCAGGCGUCUAGUGGCUCUGGGAAAGGUAGCGGUUAUGGAUUUGCAGACAAGAUUGCAGAUGGAAUGACUUUAGAAGUGGGUACUGUCAAUCUUUUGGUUGAAACUCAUGCUGGUGCUCAUAGCCAAGGAAGUGCAACAUGUGCAUCACCUAUGGCAUCUAUCACAAUACGGAACCUUUUGCUGUACACAACAAAUGAAAAUUGGAAGGUUGUGAAUCUUAAAGAAGCAAGGGACUUCUCGAAUAAUAAGAAAUGCAUUUAUGUCUUCAAAAAACUCGAAUGGAGAUCAUUAUCUGUUGACCUCUUACCUCAUCCCGAUAUGUUUACUGAUGCUCAUUCAAAUAAGUAUGAUGAUGAUUCAAAGCGGGUGUUUUUUGGUGGAGAACGGUUCCUUGAAGGGAUUUCUGGACAGGCUUAUAUAACAAUUCAAAGGACAGAGUUAAACAGUCCAUUAGGGCUUGAGGUUCAAUUGCAUAUCACAGAAGCUGUUUGUCCUGCCUUAAGUGAACCAGGUUUACGUGCUUUAUUGCGUUUUUUGACGGGAUUAUAUGUAUGUCUCAAUAGAGAAGAUGUGGGCCCAAAAGCUCAACAGCAAUGUACAGAGGCAGCCGGAAGAUCUCUUGUUUCUAUUGUUGUUGAUCACAUAUUCCUCUGCAUUAAAGAUGCUGAGUUUCAACUUGAGCUUUUGACGCAGUCACUUUUUUUUUCCCGGGCAAGUGUAUCACAUGGAGAAAAUACAAAAACCUUGUCUCAAAUAAUGGUUGGUGGCCUAUUUCUGAGGGACACCUUAUCGCAUCCUCCAUGUACCUUGGUGCAGCCAUCUGUGCAAGCUGUUAUAAAAGAUGUGCUUAUUCCUGAAUUUGCAAUGAAUUUUUGCCCCUCAAUCUAUCCUCUUGGAGACCGAAGGUGGAAGUUAAAUAAAGGAACUCCCCUGAUUUGUCUCUAUUCUCUUCAAAUUAAACCCUCACCAGCCCCUCCAUCUUCUGCUUCACAAACAGUAAUCAAUUGCCAGCCUCUUAUGAUUAAUCUUCAGGAGGAAUCUUGUUUGAAGAUCUCCUCCUUUUUAUCUGAUGGCAUUGUGGUCAAUCCUGGUGCUGUUUUAAUUGAUUCCUCUGUUAUGUCCUUUGUAUUCACUCUUGAAGAAUUAGAUCUUACUGUACCUUUGGAUUUUGGGAAGUCAGAUAAUCAUGCAUUCAAGAGUAGCAAUAUUUUUCAAAGUGCAUUUUCUGGAGCAAGGCUUCAUAUUGAGGACAUGUUCUUCUCAGAAUCACCAGCAUUAAAACUCAGGCUACUGAACUUGGACAAGGAUCCUGCUUGCUUCUGUCUCUGGGAAGGUCAACCAAUUGAUGCUAGUCAGAAUAAGUGGACAAUUCAAGCUUCACACCUUAAUGUGUCUCUUGAAACUUGUAAUGGUUUAAUUAAAAAUCAAAGUUCUGUUGGCUGGUCUGAGGGGUUGUGGAGAUGUGUUGAAUUGCAUGAUGCCUGUAUUGAGGCAGCUAUGGUUACAGCUGAUGGAAGCCCACUGGUGACUGUUCCUCCUCCUGGAGGCAUUGUCAGAAUUGGUGUUGCUUGCAAACAAAUCAUAUCCAAUACUUCAGUUGAGCAUCUAUUCUUUGUUUUGGAUCUUUAUUCCUAUUUUGGUAGAGUCGGUGAAAAAAUUGCAAAAGCAGGAAAAAAUAACAGACAGAAGAGAAAUAGAAGGAAAUACAUUGGAGGAGAACUGAUGGAAAAAGCUCCUGGUGAUACAGCUGUGAGUUUAGAAAUGAAUGGACUCCAGCUUAGGUUUCUAGAAUCCUCCUUGGAUAUUCAAGGAAUUCCUUUAGUCCAGUUCAUUGGAGAAGAUCUGUUUAUUAAAGUUACACAUAGAACCCUAGGUGGUGCAAUUGCAGUAUCGUCCACUGUUCGUUGGGAGAGUGUCCAGGUGAAUUGUGUAAAUGCAGAGAGAAACCUACCAAAUGAAAAUGGUGCAUCCAUUGAACAUGGGAUUCUGGUGAAUGGAAAUGGGUACCCAAAUAUGAUUGCUAUCUUUUGGAUUGAGAACAGAAGGAAGCAUCAGCCACAUGACAUAUGCCCGGCACUACCAUUUUUGGAGAUAAGCAUGGUGCAUGUGAUCCCAUUAAAUGCAGAAGACUCAGAGUGUCAUUGUUUAACUGUGUCGGCAAAUGUUUCUGGUGUAUGCCUUGGAGGUGGAAUGACUUAUGCUGAAGCUCUGCUGCACCGCUUUGGUAUACUUGGGCCUGAUGGUGGUCCUGGAGAGGGGCUUUUGAAAGGGUUGAAGAAUUUAUCUUCUGGACCUUUGUCAAAGCUUUUUAGGACAUCAUCUUUUGUUGAGGAUGAUCAAGUGGAACAAUAUGGAAGCUCUGAAGAUGGGGGAAAUGAUGGUUUCCUAGACCUGGGAAUACCAGAUAAUGUGGAGGUAACCAUAGAAUUCAAAGACUGGUUGUUUAUUCUUGAAGGAGCCCAGGAAAUGGCAGAAAGGUUGUGGUUUUACAGUGAGGAUGUUGGAAGAGAAGAGAGGUGUUGGCAUACCACUUUCCAGAGUUUGUAUGUGAAAGCAAAAAGUAAUCCAAAGCAUGUUGGUAAUGGCUUAAGUGAAUCAAAUGGAAGACAGAAAUGCCCUGUGGAAUUGGUCAAAGUUGGUGUGGAGGGUUUGCAAGCCUUGAAACCCCAAGAUGGUGCCUCAUCAAGAGGGAUCAAAGGAGCAGAUGGAUACUCAGGAGGGGUUAAUCUUGAAGUUCAAAUGGUGAUUUCUGAGGAUAAUGAGGAAAAUGAAAUGGCCAAGUGGGCAGUGGAAAACAUGAAAUUCUCUGUUAAGCAACCGAUUGAAGCUGUUGCAACCAAAAGGGAACUGCAACAUCUUGCUCUUCUAUGCAAGUCAGAACUUGACUCUAUGGGUCGAAUAGCUGCUGGAGUUCUGCACUUACUUAAGCUCGAAUCGUCUGUUGGCCAGGCGGCUAUAGAUCAACUUAGAAAUCUUGGAAGAGAGAGUUUGGACAAGAUUUUCACUCCAGAGAAGUUCAACCAGCGGAACAGUGCCAACAGCAUCGAGUUCGAACCAACUCCAAAAAUGAUUAGUGAGAGCUCGCAUCAGAGCUUGGAAUCGACUGUGGCUUCCCUUGAGGCAGCAAUUCAGGAUUCGCAAACCAAGUGCUCAGUGCUCGUUGCCGAAUCUCAAAGUCAAGAAUCUUCUUUAAAACAACAUAUUGUGGAUAUUGAACAACUUAGUCAGAAACUUGAAAGUAUGCGGACUCUGUUGACACAAUUGCGGACUCAACUAUAAUCAGUUUCUUAUGGCUGGGAGUAAAGUUUUCCAAAACGUAUAUUGGCCAUUCUUUUGUAGGUAAAUAAGCGUACAGAGAAAAUUUAUUUAAGUUUGAGAAUGUGUAAGAAUAGGCAUAAAUAAGAGAGAUUCAUACAGCCCAUCGGAAAGCUUUGUACCCAAAACUUGGGAACAUGUUAUGUAUCAUUUGAACCGAGUAGAGGGAAAAUAUAUUCUGGGCUUCAUCAUA